UCGUGCUCGGUUGCAGAGGCGAGGGUGAUCGUGCCUUGUGAAGCCGAGGACCGAGAUCUGCUGCGGGAGAGGGUCCGAGUGGACAAGCCGUACAGAAGGCUUCAUCACACGGACAUGGAGCCCCACUUGAACGAUAUAUCAAUGAAACUGGUGAUGAAGAGACAAAUAACAGGUCUUCCUGAUACUUUGCUACAAGACAUGCUGAGAGGAAGGUUGCGAAUUCUAGAGAAUGACUGUGGAGAGGUCAUAAUCCUCCUCAGUGAGCUUUCUGCCAGACUGUUGUCCAUAUAUAGUGACCAGGACUUGAUUGUAAUAACUUUUAAAACUUUUGAAGAAAUUUGGAAUUUUUCAACCUAUUACUCACUAGGUUUAAUUGGUCAUUGCAUGGAGAAUCUAUUGUUCGACCAAGGGUUUUGGCUGACUUCUCUUGGUGAAGAUGCCAUGAUUGAUGUUCAGAUAAAUGAAGAUUCUCUCAAAAUGAUGUGUAAAGGCCUCCUUUCACAGGAAGGGGUGUUUUUCAUAACAUGUCCAUUUAGUCAUCAAAGGUGUGAAGAAAAUGACCUACAGCCUGAAAUGAAUGACCUAGUUACUGCUGCUGACAAUUCGGAAAGAGGUUCCAUGUGGUUUGGAGAAUCGCUAGUCAGUGGAAAGAAGGUUUUGGUUCCAAAGUCACAUGUGGAGGUCUUUGACCCUUUUCAUCAGUGGUUUUUCAAAAGUUACCAUGAAGAAAUUAUGACAAGUGAUGGGGUGGCAGGAUUUUCCUGUUCACUUGGAACUGGGUCCUGUGUGGCAGUGGUUAACUAUGAAGGCUUUGGACUUGAAGAGCUGAGUUUCAAGACGGGUGACAGGAUAGUAAUCAUUGGUUUGCUCAGCACAAGCAUGCAGUGGUUUCUUGGUCAAAAUGAAGCAACUGGACAAACUGGAUUUGUAAAAAUAACUCAUGUGAAACCGGAUAACUCUAUGACACUGGCAAAGGGUCCUCUGUUUGUUGAUGAAGCAGAAAGAUGUGUUUUUGAGAGCUGUGAAAAGUUCACCGAGGAAGAUUCUAUCAAAUUGCUCAAGCAACUGGCACAGACUGAUGUCGGUGUGGUUUAUCAAAUGGAUAAAAUGGAACUGAUGAAUUUCCAGGAGGAUGUAAAAGGAGAGGAUGAUACUCCAAGUAAACUGGAAAUUGAAGUGGUGAAGGCUAAGCUGAGUGAAGCUGUGUAUGGGUUGAAUGAAAGUGAGUGUAUAGAAUCGGACAGUGAAAGGGAAGCAACUGAAGAAGAUCCUAUGAUAUGUAAUCAAAAGGAUGGACUGGAAUUUCAGAAGCCUCAGGAGCAGUCAUUCCACAUAGGAGACAUGGAAGCUCUGUACAACACUGAAGUACUCCAUCCUUUACUGGUGUACUUGGAUAAUGAUGAAUUUAGCAAUCACUUCAAAAAUCUUUAUGACUGCAGUUUUUCCUUUCUGACAUCCACCUUUGCUGGCUACUCUGAAUUGAAAGAAUUGGUUCGUUACCUUGAGGUGGCAAGGGAAGUGGCAAGGAAACAACAGAUGCAAUGGGCUCAAACCAGACUCUGCUUUCUGCUGGGUAGGAUGUGUGCCAUGAAGCUCAAGUUCUCACAAGCAAGAGUUUACUUUGAAGAAGCGCUAUGUCUGAUGAAAGGACAGUUCACAGACCUGUUUCUCCUAAUUGCUGUAUAUACAAACCUUACUGCCAUUUACUUGAAGCAGAAAAACAAAGAGAAAUACUGUGCCAUUUUGGGGAAGGUUGCAGCUUUACUCUUGGGUAUCCCGAACUACAUCUGCUCCACUAACAUGGAAGCUGACGUUCUGAGAUACAUUUUGAAGAAGGCAGUGCUGACAGACGAUAAGCUUGUUGAAGCAAGAGCAUGCUUUCUUUUAGCUAAACUUCAUAUAAAUCUUAAACAGUAUGAGGAUUGCUUGCCUUUCAUUGAAAGACUGCAGAUUUUGAGAAAUGUCGCAAUGUUAGAAAGUGAGGUAUCCUUAGACUUUUAUUUUACACUCGGAUCACUUUAUCAUCAAAAAUGUCUGCCAAAUCUUGCUGUAAGCUGUGUGAAACAUUCAUGUUUACAACCUACAAGAACAUUAAUGGAUUAUUUGAAAUGCGCUGACUUUAUAAUGAAAGGAGUUUCUAAGUUUUGUGGAAUGGGUAAAUUCACAUCUGUGAUUCCAACACAGGUGGCAACUUGCCUUCAGUUGGCACUCUCUUCUGCAAACAGCCAUGAUCAGGGCAGCAUUUGUAGAACUAUCUGCCUCAGCUUAUCAACAAUUUAUGAAAUUCAUGGAAAAUAUGAAAGGGCCAUUCACUACAUGGAAAUGGCCAUUAAUAUCACAGCUUCUGCUAGCACUGAGGAAGUGAUUGAUGCACUUAUUUCUCUUGCAUGGUUGCACAUUCUGAAUAGUCAACCAGCUAAAGCAAUUUUCAUUUUAAAUACCAUACUGGAUUCCCCAUCUGAUGUGAAAUGCCCUGUGCAAAAGGGAGUUGUUUAUAAUAUGAUUGCUAUCUCAAUGAGAAAAUUGAAAAAUAUCAAGGAAGCUAUUAAGAACUAUGUUGCAGCCCUUUUAAUCUCUCUGAAUUCAGGAACCGUGCUUAACCAAGCUAUUGUCAGUGCAAACUUUGGUUUGCUUUGCCUUUGGUCAAAGAAUCAUCGACUUUCUGAACAAUUACUUUUAAAGUCAAUUUAUCUUAUCUUUGAACAGCAAAGUGUUUCUUCUGAGGGAAAUCUUAUCCAGUUUCUGAUUAUGCUGGGAUACAACUAUAUUGAUCAGGAGUUACAAGAAAAUGGAAUACUUUGCUAUGAGUAUGCACUUCUGCUUGCAUUGAAAGCAAACAUUGUUGAAAGCCAAGUACAAGUUACUCGAUUGCUCUGCUGGCUCUAUGGUUCAGUCCUGCCUAAUGAAGCACAGUGUAUCGUCUACAACGAGUUUCUGCUUCAUCUUGCCCGCAAGUCGGCAAACAAGGAACUGGAGGGUCAUAUUCUACAAAACACCAGCCAACUUUACCUCAAAUUGGGAACUGAAAGGGCAUUCAGCUCAGCCUUGGGGUACGCCAAGCAAAGUCUCGGAAUCUUUAUUGAUCUAAAGAAAAAAGAGGAGGAAGCGUGUGCUUGGCUGCGGGCUGGGAAGAUAUACUACAUUCUGGGAAAAUAUGAAUUGGUGGAUCUGUACAUCCAGGUUGCCCAAGAUGUUGCUGCAAGCACAGAAAGAUUGGACAUUGCAAUGGAAAUCUCAGAAGCUGCAGGAGAUAUAUUCUUUAAUGGGCCGCAAGACAGAGAGAAAGCCAUACCCUUCUACAGGGAUCAAGCCCUUCCACUUGCUCUGAAAGUUGAAAACGCAAAGGUGAAGCUCAGACUUUGUAACAAGCUGGCUGAACUUCUGCUGAAUGUGAGCACGUAUUCAGAAGCCCUCAAAUAUGCCCAAAUGGCUUUGACUCUCAGUGUGGCUCUUGGCGAUGUACUCAAUGAGCGUGUUGCUUAUCAUCGUUUGGCAUCAGUACACCACUCCUUUGGUCAGUGUGAGAUGGCUGAACAUUUCUUUCUUAAGGCACUUUCACUUUGCUCCUACCCAGUGGAGUACGACGAGGAAACUAUUUACUAUGUCCGAGUUUAUGUACAACUCGGAGACAUGACUUUCUAUGAUCUGAAGGACCCUUUUGAUGCAGCAGGUUACUAUCAUUUAGCCCUUGCUGCAGCCAUGGAUUUGGGCAGUAAGAAAUUUCAGCUAAAAAUCUGCACUAGACUUGCCACGAUCUACCACAAUUUUCUAGUGGAUCGGGAAAUGUCACUCUAUUAUUAUCAGAAGGCAAGAAAAUUUGCUGCUGAACUUAAUAUUCGAAGGCUAAAUCUCUCUCCAGUUCAAUAUUACAAAACUACAACAGCGACAUCCUCAAAAUGAUUCAAAUAUUAAGUGGCUACUGUGCCACUUCAAGGCAAUUAAUUUCAAAGCCAGGUUGUAUGCUAAGAUGUACAAGGUAAAACACUGGUAUUGAAGUCUUUCAACACACAUCAAAGUU